CAACAGCACACAGCACAAAGGCGUACUACCUCAAACUACAUCAGAUCAGUAGGGCCCCGCGUAGAAAAGUUAGGCACUCAGAAAACAAACGAAUUUUAGUGACGGAGGGACAAAAAUACAUCAGCAAGAUAAUCUAAGAAGUACGUUUUCCUGAUGGGGAUUGCUGGAGUUUUGAGUAGGAGGUGUGACGCGGUCAUGAGAAGCAACCGUCUUCUGGACACCCAGUGGAGGUGUGGGAGAUUUCCUUGGAAGUUUCUUUACCCCAUGGCUAGAAACGUUAGGCUGGGCAUCCUACGCCAAGGCAGCUCGGCUGUGUCGGAUACGGGGAUGGAAGCUUAUGUCAGCCGUACGGGAAACAAGACGGACGCGGCCGUGCGCCCCUUCCACGAGAUCCCUGGCCCCAAGGGGCUGCCCAUCAUUGGAAGUCUGUGGGAGUACACAUUCCUUGGAAAGCUUGAUCCUCGGCGCUUUGACGAGGCGCUGUGGACUCGCUACCAACAGUACGGUAAAAUCUACAAGGAGAACCUCGGUCCACGGGGAACGUUCGUCCGUAUAGCCGACCCCGGAGAUAUUGAGACCGUCUACAGGAACGAAGGAAGGUACCCACAUCGCCCGUCCUUCCCGCUGGUGAGGGAAUCCAUGGAAGCGGCCGGACAAGAACUUCUGAAGCACCGAGCACAGUCAGAGUCCAGUUUCAAUGGACAGGGCCUAGAGUGGUACCGUACCCGCAGUGCCGUCAACAGGACACUGCUGAGGAGGAGUGGGGUAGAACUUUUCCACCCGACCUUGAAUGAGAUCUCGGAUGACUUCCUGGCUCUCCUAAAGCGGAGCCUGGUCGAUGAUCACACCGUCCCCAACCUCACGUGGCAGAUCAGGCGUUACAACACUGAAGUUGCCGGGACCACGAUCUUCGGCCGUCGCCCAGGGUGUCUGGAGCCAGACUUUUCGGACUCGUGCCAGACGGCUGAAAUGAUCAGGAGCAUCGACGACUUCUUCGCGUCGUGGCUGAAACUGGAAAUAGGGUUCCCGCUGACCAAGUAUCUCAUCAAGGACACCUGGAACGGCUAUAUGAAUGCUCACAGAAAUAUCCUGAGGAUUGUGAAGCACCACAUGGACUUGGAUGUGGAUUACGAAGAGGACCGGCCGAGCGUGCUGGGUUACCUGCUGUCCGAGUCCAGCCUGUCGGACAAGGACGCCGCCAUGUCGACUGUGGAACUGUUCGUGGGCGGCGUGCAGUCCAGUUCCCAUGCCGACAUGUUCCAGCUGUACGAGUUAGCCCGGCACCCGGACGUCCAGGAGACCAUCCGGCGGGAGGUCACAGAGGUGGUACCCGCGGGAGAAGCGGUAACAAGCGCCCAUCUUCACAAGCUGCCCUACCUCAAGGCUUUUGUGAAGGAAACCUUCAGGUUCCACCCAGUCGGCCUCCUUCACAUGCGGGUUCUGGACCGUGAUGUUGUCCUGUCCGGAUAUCGUGUACCCGCUCAUACAACGAUUGAGAUCCCCAUCAGCGUGCUGGGCCGGUUGGAGGAACUGUACCCGCAGGCAGACCGGUUCCGGCCCGAGCGCUGGCUCCGAGGGGCUCCGAACGGCUUCCGAUCCCGCAUGUUCAGUCACGUCACUCCCUUCGGCCACGGACCACGCGCGUGCAUAGGUCGCCGAUUCGCCGAAGACAAGUUCUACAUCCAGAUAUCUAAGUUGGUACAGAACUUCUACCUCCACUGUGACGAGGAAGUGGACACUGUGACGGGAUGUUUCCAGGAGCUUUCGCCCACCCCAAACAUUCGCUUUACUCCCAGGUAAAACGGAGAUUACAGGACGACCACAUCAUUCCACGUCUGCCCUAUCGUAUCCAAACCCUUUUCCUAUGCAUCAAUGUGUUAGUGAUGGGAUCAGGCCUGGUUCAGGAUAGUCUCCGAGCAUCCAAGAAAGAAAAAAAACGCAGAUUUUGGCAAAGGCGAGGUUCUGGAUACAACAUGCCCCAAUCUUGGUCGGAUCUUCAUGAUCAGCUCUAUUUACAACGACUAUCGUAUUUUUGUCCUGAAGAGACUAAUGUGUGAUGUUAUAACGUUAGAGCUUUAAUACCAAAACCACUAGUAUGAACUUCUAGGCUGUAUUGGUACAUGUAGCUAACGUUUAACGCUGGCCAACGGCAGAUUUUGUCUUUCUACAAAACGAGUGUUUUCAUCUAUGUAAAGCAAAUGGAUGUACGUUCCUCUAUGCAUGGCCAUCACUAGCUAUAGG